UGUCGACAACGGAGGGAUGGUGGAAAAGUAAUGGAGUGACAGAGGAGAGGGUGUUCCAAAAUGUGGCGAAAUGGAAUCUGUAUGGUGCGCGUGACGACAUUUAAGUGCACUACCCUCGUGCUAACUUUUUUCCAACGUGCUGACUCAGCAAGACUGGCCUCUGCAGUAUUUUUUCACUUUCAAAUCCCUUAAAUCCUCAGACGAGACAAAGAAUCCCCUAAUUCCAUAAUGUCUCUCUCUCGUCUCUCUCCAUCUCCCCUGCCUAAAAACACCCCCUCCUCUCUCCCCGCGUAAGCCCGCCCGGGCAUAAACAUCGCUAUCCCUCUCCCUCUCUCACCUGUUCACUUAUUUAAGCAUAAACAAACUCGCGUAAGGGCCAUAACGAGAAUAGUUUUCUUGAAUUAGAAUUAGUCUUCUCCUUUUCUCCUCUCUCCCUAAACACACUGGUAGUUAUACGUCGUUGACUCGUAGUGCUCUACUGAGAAGGCGCGUCCCGAGAUUUUCAGGAGGGCUAAGAAAUGGAUUCCCGCCACUCCUUUCACGGAGGCGACGCGGUGCAAACAGAAAGUUAUGCUUUUGAGGCUGCAAUCCUGGCAGCGACCCACGAAAUGAAUCGGUCGGACUUUUAUUACGGAGGGAACCGCUUAGAAGGAACCCAGGCAGCGGGGUAUUCUGCAGCUGCGGCCCAGAUCGCUUUAAAUUUUGACAGCUCCAACAGCUCAGACUACCCUACGGAUGACGACCUCCAAGUCUUGGUUUCCGACAUCGAGGAGGACGGAACAGAUGUUGCAGAGAUGCCGGCCUCUGGCCAGCUAGGCAGCGGUCACCCUUCUGGGGGAGCGCCUUGCUCGACAUUGCUGCAGCAUAUCGGAUACAGAGAUGGAACGCAAUCUACUUCCCGUGCUAAUAUAGAAAGAGAGGAGCUUGAGUCCGACCCUGGGGUGCCAAGAGAGGGGAUGCAGUUUGAUAAAGAAGAGGCGGCAUUUAAUUUUUAUGAGCAGUACGGGAAACAAGCCGGUUUCUGUAUAAAGAGGGGAAAAAUAGAGUACGAGAGAUCGGACAAGGGACAAAUCAAGGGGAAGUACUUCUUCUGCAAAGAGAUGCCGACGCAGGGCACGAGAAAAACUUGUGAGGCUAAGAUCCGGUGCAAGGUUGAGGGUGGAAAGUGGAGGAUCUCGAAGGUCGUUCUCGAGCAUAGUCACGGUCUUGCGGGACAUUUCGCUGGCGACCAGGAGGCAGUGGAAGAUUCGCCUGCCGCAAGGGCUCCUUCGACAGGCGAGUAUGAGGCCGAACCUACUUUAAUUUCGAAUGUGGGUUGUAGUGGCGUCUCGCGAGGCACAGGGAGGAAUCCCUCAAUGGCUCAGGACUUAAUUGAUAGCUUCAAGAGUAUGCAGACGGAAGAUUCUCACUUUUUCUACACAGUGCAAUUAGAAGCGGCACAAGGCAUGGCGAAUUUUUUCUGGAGGGAUGGCCAGUCCAUGGUGGAUUACGAGCAUUUCGGGGAUGUUCUAAUCCUGGACACAAGAACUACAAUCAACAUCUACAACAUGAUCUGUGCAGCGUUUUGGGGACUUAAUCAUCAUCGGCAGCGCAUCAUAUUCGGAUAUGCUUUCUUGGUCGAUCAAGGCGUGGAUUCAUUCAAGUGGUUGCUCCAAAGCUUCCUCGGAGCGAUGAGGGGGAAGAAACCGGAGACCAUCAUUACUGAAGUCAGCGAAGAAAUUGCAGAAGCCUUAAAAGUGGUCUUGCCAGGGACAUUCCACCGUCUGCCAUAUUGGUCUAUUUUGAACAGUGACCGUACCGAUGUCAAUGACCUCCUCAGCGAGUGCAUCUUCAAUGUCCAGUUGCCAAAUGAAUUCGAUUCGAAGUGGAAUGCCCUCUUAGCGAGGUGCAACCCGCAUGAAAAGAAGCAAUUUACUUCUCUGUAUGAAAUGCGUAAGAAAUGGUCUCUUCCGUUCACGAAAAUAGUGUUCUCAGCCGGCCUACUCUCAAUACAAAACAACGAGGAUUCUUGUCCUGUGUUUGAGAAUCUCUCCUGGGAGACGAGUUUGCCCCAAAUUGCUCACCGAUGUAAAAUGGUGGCCAAGCACCUGCGCAGCAGAGAAUUUGAGGAAGACGAGUUCUGUGAGACGACCGCGGCGGUGGAUUUGGAAUCCAGGAGCCCUAUGGAGAAACAAGCCAAAUGCUUAUAUACUAGACCGAUUUUCGAGAUGUUCCAAAAGGAGCUGAUUAAUAGCCUAUCACUGGCGAUCAGAGUAAGCAACGACAGGGAAACGUUUGAGUUGACUGAACAAGACAGCAAGAAAAUUGCCACCGUCAAGGUUAAUCGUACCGAUUUGACAUUAGCAUGUAGCUGUGGGAAGUUCAAGUCGGUAGGUAUUCUCUGUUAUCAUGUCUUGAAAGUAUACAAUUACUAUAAUAUUUUUGAGAUACCGUCCUGCUACUUGUCGAAACGAUGGAUGAAAUCUGCCAAAGACCGUCUGCCGAUUGACACCCCCAGUGCAAACACAGUACAGGACAGUGGUGCUUCAUCUAGGAGGGAAUAUAUGCGAGAGGCUUUGCAUGUCUCACAUGGACACGGAUUUAAGAAGAGGGAGAGGAUACCAUUGAGGGCUUGGAGAAUGGAAGAAACGGAAGGCCAUUCGGAGGGUAUCGAUGAUGAUGCUGUAGAACCAUGACAAGAGUGAAAUGCCAAAGUUCAUCCAGAAACCGGCCACUUAUCUCUCUGCUUUGUUUUUGGUUUCAUCGGUAAAUACAGUAGUGAUUGCGUGCUUGGGUAAAAGAGAUGGAUGUUACAAAGUCAUACUUGCAAAUUAUUGCAAUAUGGCGUUUUUAGUAUGUUCGAACGCAAUUCGCUCUUUUAAAUCUCUAA